AUUUCUUCCUUCCGUCAUGUCCUUCGUACGCCUGGCACGAGCUAUCCCCCGCUCAACCUUGCUCAUUCCUCGUACUCCUGCUCGGCUUCCCUUCCGUGCAUACUCCGGAGGUGGCAAAUUGUCGCCAGAAGUCAUCCAGUCGCGUGUGCUCGAAGUGUUGCGAGGGUUCGAAAAAGUCCCAGCAGACAAGUUAACCCCGACUGCUUCGUUUACCGCCGACCUUGGCCUCGACAGCUUGGACUGCGUCGAGGUGCAAAUGGCUAUUGAAGAAGAGUUCGUCAUUGAAAUUCCCGACGCAGAGGCCGACGAGAUCCAGAGCGUAGCCCAAGCUAUUGAGUACAUUAAGAAUACGCCUGAUGCUACUUAGACUGUUAUGAUAAACGGUCAAAAAUAGUCCAAUUCCUCACUCACCAUGUUUUGCGUCUAAAUGAUACGUGAUUUCAAUUGCA